AUUGUUACAUGAAGAAUUUUUCCUCGCCAAACUCCUUCCUUGAAGCCGUCGUACGUGUCAAGAGUGUUUACCAUCUUAAGACAACGAACCGUCCCUAUCACCCGUGACGCAUCCUCUAAAACUGGUUGGACUGGUAUGCGGUGAUCUUUCAGUUGACUUAGAGCUUCGUGGAACGGAACACACCUAGUCAAAGAUUUUCUGUCAGAGGAGACCACAAAUUGAACGAUGAAGCUGUCCGUUGUCGCUCUCGUGGUGAUCUUUGCCACCGUGGCCUACGCGUCCGACCAGCGGGACCUGGACGCCCUGAACGCCGCCGUGCAGCGGCUCCGCGCUCUGAAGCAGCGGCAGAGAGGGUUUUGGUUCUGGGGAGGCAGCGACAAGAAGCUACGGUGCGACACGAGCACUAACAAGGCUCUUACCAACGCCUACAAUAACCUGUGCAAAUCCAAAUUCAGCACCUACACCGAGGGGAUCAAGACGGCCUCUGCCUUCCUGCAGGCGAAGUGCAGCAAGCUGAACAACGAGUGCUGCACGAACGAGGAGGGCUGUAAAGACGAUGAGAUCAAGGAGUGCUGCCCUACAAAGGUGGAAGAAAAAGAGGAGGAUUGAUCGGCAACGCUACCUGCCGAUAUGGAUGUGAACUGCACAGCAGAGCUUUGUGUUUACAAGAUGUGAAAUUUGAAAAUAAUGCAUCGCACAUAUGCUUUAUAGAGUCUUAGAUGAAAGUUCAUAUAAUAGGAUAUUUCGUAAGACUUUUGGUGGCCUCAUAUCUUCUGUAUCAGUGAGUAGAAACAUUGCGUGUUGUUCUGUCAUUUUAUUAGUACAUGAACGCGGGGGGGGGGGUACGUAGCACUGAGGAUUCAUUCUUACCAUAGACUUUAAUUCGGUACGAGUACGUCUCUUUUAUGUGAGAGAAUCCAUGUCAUCAUUUGUUUCGCCAGUAGUACUGUUUGCUUUUAAUCAUGGCUUAUUCACCACACGAAUGUGGUGAAACAUAUUGUUAUGGCUUCAUCACACUAUGUGUGGUGAAACACAUACCUUUAUGAUAUACAUAACUUUGACAUUCGUAAAGCAAUAACUCAAUUAAGAAUCAGCAGCCAUAAAUUGAUUAUAGAAACAGGUAGAUAUUACAAUGUAG